GCGACCGGAGAGAUCCCAUCAUCCCGCAUUCCGUGCGCUAGUGUGGAGCGGUUCUGUUGAGUUUUUUCCCGGUCGGCGCCCCCCAGUCGUCAGUGCUGCGGCGGCGGAAAAACUUGCGGGAUUCGAUUUGAUUCGCACGGCCACACUGUGUUUGCUGCGUGGAAAGUGUAGUGUGCCGUGCGUUGUGACACUGCUGUGGUCUGUGGUGCAUCAAAGAUCAGCGUCCAGCGCGUCCAGAGCGUUCAAGCCUGUGUGCGAUUUAGUGACACGAUCGUGUGAUCAACGACGGCAAAAGAAGCGAAGCAAGAGAGAGAGAGAGAGCUCGAAAGUGUGGAAGCAACAAAAAAAGAAGCUCUGUGUGUGUGCGUGUGUGUUUGUGUGGGAGAGAAAUGUUCGGCACCGAUCCUCACGGGAUCGUGAUUUUUUGCGCCCUCGUGCAGUGGUGUCGACGGUUUGGCGAAUGAUAUUUCUGUAAAGUGGUGUGGCUUGUUGUUGUUGUUGUUGUUAUUGCCUACGAAAGAGUGAUACGCAAGCAAGCAAGCAGAAAGCGGAGAAUUUAACGCCACGACGUGUGUUAGUGCUGUUAUUGUUGCUACCCCUGGGGGGCUUCCCUUCCCCGACAUUUCGGUUGCAUUCGGCGUGUGAUCGCCUCUCGUCCGUGCAGAUCGAAAUCGCCCGAGUUCAAUUCUCUGCCUUGAGGCAGAUUGUGCGUGUGUGUGAUUCUGUGCGUUUUUGUGUUUUUUUUUUCUUAUUCCGUUCGGUUUAUGGUUCGCGCUUCGCCGUCGUCUACAAAUGCGUGUGUCACCACACCCGAGAAUGAAACGUGUCGUUCUACGUUUGUAUUGAAAAUUUUGCAUUCACAUGCUUUUCCAUUGCUUUUUGUUUUCCCCAAUUUCCAACAAUCGCUACAUUACACACCAAUGCUGAGUGGUCAAAGUUGGGCAAAAAGGCAGUAAAUAUUUGCGACACGAAAGCGAGGAACAGGUGCAACACCCGGGGAGAGCGAGCGGGAGAGUUCUGAACGGUGUCUGAUGCACUUUUGUCAAUUGCAUUUCAAUGCAAUUCCCCUUUUUGAAACUCCUAUCAGUGCAUGUGUGUGUGUGUGUGUGUGUGUGUGUGUGUGUUUGUUUGUUUGAGCGCGUGUGAGCAUGGUAGUGAACGUGUGUGUGUGCGUGUGUGCAAGCCCACUGAUUGAUGAUCGAUUUCAGCCGAAUCACGCUGCAACGUGUGACAAAUACGUCAACGCAAAAAAAAAAAAAAUCUCGCCGCCUAAUCGGGUGAGCGCGAAAAGGCGGUGUAAAUCGUACAGGAACGUGAAGCAAAAGCGAGAGAGAAGAGAGAUGUAAUGCAAACAAAUUUUUCACUUUUUUUUGUGCGCGCGUGUGUGUGUGUGUAGUAUUUUGAAAGGCGAGGGAUAAUAGUGCACGCGGAAAAUCCAUGCACGGAAACGCUUGCCACCCAUUCGGGGCGGCGUGAUUUGACACUUGAGCCUCCCACGACCCGGCUUUACCCGUCUGUAUGUGUGCGUGCGUGUGUGUGUGUGUGUUUGUUUGUGGAUCCCUUUCUUGUUACAUGAAAAAUGGAUAGGUUCAAUGACACGGCUCCUCAUGCGGUGUGAGCGAGCAGGCGAGCGAGCGAGUGAGUGAGCGAGCACGAAUGAGAGAGAGAGAGAGAGAGAGAGAGAGAACGGAGAACGGUAGUGUGAGAUGGGUGCGUGUUUUUUUUGUUUCUCCCUGUGUGCCGUAUGUGUGUAUGUGUGAGUCGUAUGAAUCAGCCUUUGAAAUCUUCCUUCCAAGGGUGGCAGAACGAAUGAAAGAGAACGAACGAAGCCCCCCGCGCGAUUGACCAGCAGGCGGGCUGUGAGUGUGAGCGAAAGAGAGAAGAGGCAGCAGAAAGCGUGAGCGAGAGAAUUGAAGGAAAGAAGCGCACACACACACACACACACACAUACGCAGAGCACAGUCGCAUGGACCAGCAAGCUCCAACAAUGCACACUUCCACGCAGACAGACGAUGCGUUCCCAUAGUGAAACCGUCAAACGUCAAGCAAUCGAGAGCAAAAGAAAUAGGCAAAUCGAGAGAGAGAGAGAGUGAAGGAGAGAGAGCGCGCGAGAAACUAGCAUCCCUUAUCCGCUCCCCCGUUUUUCCCAAACCCGGUCUAACCCAUCGGUUGCUAGAUCAACCGAGCUAAACGCUAACCAAAUAUUCAUCCCCCGAGCGGCGCAGGUUCGGACAGCUUCUAACACGCUCGGGAUGUCAGUCGGGGAAGCAGACGGGGCUGACCAAACGUGGCCACACUCGCUUGAACAAUUAUCACCAGCACCUCCCCUCCCCUUAAGGCACGCUAAAACCUUGUCUGUGGUGGUAGGCUUUACCUCAGGCCGACCCAGCGUUGCCCAGCUUUGAUAAGUGCAGUGAGCAGAGGCUACACUCAUACCAUGAAAAGCUGGGGGGAGCGUUUGUCACUGAGCGUUGAUAAUGGAACAUUCAGCUAGGAAGCGUAUCACCUAGCGGGGCUGUGUCGGUGUCUGUGAUUUGCCGGCCUGUACCUGUUCGCUUAUCGUCGCUGAUAUCGGAAUCGCUGGUUCGAUUAGGGCAGAGAUAGUGGGGUGAAGAGGGGGGUUAAUACCCGUACACUACAACACAUUGGAAUACAGCUGGUCUGACCCGUGGGCACGCAUAAACACUGGACUCAGUACCAGAGGGAACGUGCACACAUGGUGGUUUUUUUUAAGAUUUAAAUCCCCUUUUUAUUAAUCGGGCCUAACGCAUCGUAACGCACCGUAACGCAUCUUAAUUUUGACAGUCAGCCACAAAGUUUUGACGGAUGGGUUUGUUUUGGUUUCGGUAUUUUCCGUUUGAUGAGAGUCUUUUUGGGAAAAUUCACUUGCCCCAAGCUCCCCAUCUCCUACCCUCCCGAGUUGGAGUCCUUCUGGUGCAGUUGCUGAAUUUGUACAGGAUUUUUUGCCUCCGCACUCCACCGCAGGAUACGGUUUUAUAUGUAUACAUAUACACACACACAUGCACACACGAUCGCGCGCACUCUCGCCACAGUGUCAAUGAACUCGCGCUCAGCAUGUCGCGCCGGUGGGUUGUUCGCGCAAACACGCGGUACGCCUUCGCUUGCCUUACCCCAAAAUUUGCUCCCAACUUUUUACACUAACCACCACCGCCGUUCCUCCUGUCUCGCAUCGAGUCACGCACUGUCUCCGUUUCUCUGUUUUCUCUUCCUCUCUCUCUCUCGCUCUCGCCUUCUCUUUACUGUUGUUCCUUCGUUGUUGGGUUUGGGUGAUCCUCGGCGGCCUGGAUCCUAGCAGCCUGCCAGCUCUGCUUGUUCAUUGGUCCAGCAAGUGCUAAGUGAAACGCAUCGCGCUACAUUCUGAACAACCACGCGGGGCCAUUCGUGUGCAGUGACGGCCCUCACAGAGAGAAAGAGGGAGAAAUAAACAGGGUAAAAGUGCACCGAAACGAACCCCGGCCAAAGUAAAAGCCGGAAGGGCGCGCUCUGAGUGCCCCAGUGCCUAGCGAACGUGAAAACAAUUGUGUCAACACCCGGCGGCUUCAAAUUGAGAUGCAAAUGAGCUUUGCUGGGGCUUUACCGGCUCGCGAUUGCGGAACUGAUUUACCGAAUUGCAUAAUUUCCACAGAAAACGUACAACCCUUCUCAGUGAGUGUGUGAUGUGAAUAAAUAUUAUAAAUCAAUUAAAAAUCAACAAAAAAGCAGAAGAAAAGAACAUCGUGUCAGUGUCCGGCAGAUUGAUAUAAUUAUAAAAAAGUGAUUCAUAAAACGCUCUGCGUCAUAAGAGCACCUAUACCAAGAGUUGCUUGCAGCAAUCAACAGUUUCGUGCGUCGCAGCUCCUCUUCCAUUCAGAAUUCGUCGGCCGGGAAGUAACAAACCCGCUGCAAGGAUGACUGUCGAAUGUAUUGAGGAUUUGUAUCCCACUUAAGCCCACCCCCUGUCCAGCUGGUGCAAAUGCCAGCACAGGGUAAACCCACUAACUGUGUGCGCAAAGUGUGGAGCGACUGUGACCGUGCGAAGACGAAUACGAUUAAAAAGUGAAGAGAGAGUAAAAAACAAAACCAAAUUAGUGCGAAACGAUUUGCUGUGGGCAAAAAAGGGCCUACAGCCCCUGACCGAACCUUUCGGGUUGCGGUACGUGCGGUUGUACCGCUCCGUAAAGCAACGCCAACAAAAACCUAACCUACCUCACCAGUGUUGCACACAUCAUCAACCCACUACUCCCGAACAAACGCUAUUUGCUGGCAAAUGGAUGACGGAGAAUUUUUGGACCUGUUCAGUCAAUCCUGGAAUGGCAAAUACCACGCGGCGGCCAACCGAGCAGGCGACGAACCGGCCGGCAUCGGAGCGGCGGCGGGUGGCGGGACAGGUGCCGCCGCCGGCUACACCAACUCGGCGGCGGUGGCAGCGGCCGCCACCGCAGCCGCUACAGCCGCCGCCAUGGCCGUCGCGCCCAAGCUCACCACGCGGCUUAUGCAGCCCCAGCCCGGCUCGACGGCGGGCGGAUCGCAGGGGCUGUACGCGGGCACCAAACACUUCCUUGCGCACCUACCCCCGAACCACAAGCAGCAACCGAGCGCUGCGAGCGCCACCAGCGCGGCAGCGUCGACGGCCAGUGCUAGCCGUCACGCGGCACCGUCACCCUUCGGUGUACCCCCGGCCGGUGCCCAAACGACUGAUUUACGUGAUACAAACCUAGGGCCUUUAAGAAAUACCACUAGCAGUAGUACCAGCAGCAACACAACCAACACCAGCACCAGUGCGGCAAACAACAGCAGUGGCAGCAGCAGUGGCAGCAGUAGCAAUACCAGCAACAGUCACGCCAACGGUGCGCAGCAUCUGUUGGGCGGCGGCAGUAGCUUUGCGCGUGAGACGCGCGAAUUUCCCAAGCUGAGCCAUCGGUUGCUGCAGCCGCUAAACCACACGCUCGACCAGGGCCCGGCCCAGGGCGGGUCCGGCGGUUCCGGCCACGCGGCGAUGGUACGCCAGGAGGAACAGGACUACAACGCAUUCUGCUCAACGCUGUCGGCGGUCGCGUCGAUGGCGGCAGCCUCGCUGGCGAUGGAGGAUGAGGACCUGGCGGACAGUACGACGCCACCGCCGCAACCGUUCACCGCGGGGGGUUUGCUAGCGGCCGGGCUGGCAGGCAAUGGUACCGGCGGUGGCGGUGGCAGCGCCGGUGACGCGAAUGGUGGCAGUGUGGAAGGUGAUCUCGGCCCGAACGGGGAACUGUUGGGUUUGAACGGUCAUCAGCAUGAGAAAAAGACUCCCAAUUCAAUUAGAGCUCAAAUCGAGAUCAUACCGUGCAAGGUGUGCGGCGACAAGUCGUCCGGGGUGCAUUACGGUGUGAUCACCUGCGAGGGCUGCAAGGGCUUCUUCCGAAGGUCGCAGAGCUCCGUCGUCAACUAUCAGUGCCCGCGUAACAAGCAGUGCGUGGUGGAUCGGGUCAACCGAAAUCGAUGCCAGUACUGUCGACUGCAAAAGUGCCUAAAACUGGGAAUGAGUCGUGACGCUGUCAAAUUCGGACGCAUGUCCAAGAAGCAACGGGAGAAGGUCGAGGACGAGGUACGGUUUCACCGGGCUCAGAUGCGCGCACAAAAUGACGCCGCCCCGGACAGCUCCGUGUUCGACACGCAGACACCUUCCAGCAGCGAUCAGUUGCAUCACGGUUACAAUGGCUACACAUAUUCGAACGAGGUCGGCUACAGCAGCCCGUACGGCUACUCGACCUCGGUGACGCCGCAGCAAACGAUGGGCUACGACAUCUCGGCCGACUACGUGGAUAGUACAACAACUUAUGAACCAAGAAGUACGAUGAUAGACUCAGAUUUCAUAAGUGGACACAACAAGGAUGGCUCGCCGGAACAAAACCGAGCGAUCACGCUCAACGAUAUCCGGUUGGCGCGCGUACAGCAAACGACCGCCACCACGACGACCGGUGUCGGGCAGGGCGGUAGUGAUGUGAUCGCCGACGGUGUCAAUGAUGGUGGUGGUGGUGGUGGUCCCCGAGGUUUGACACCCCAGCAGCAACAGCAACAGCAGCAACAGCAAGCGCAUCAACCGGCACAAACGGCCACGCAUACGCUCCCACCACAGCAACAGCCGCAGCCGGCUGCGGCACUGGCAAACCAUCAAACCACCGGCAACGGCAACACCACUACCAGCAAUAGUACAAUUAUCACCAUCAAGCAGGAGCAGCUUACCAACGUUGAUAGCCUUGUUGGUAGCUUUGUCGAUUCAACAACCUUCUUGCCAUCGCCACCGGCCAGCCAACAGCAGCAGCAGCAGCAGCAACAUCCACACCAUCAGCCACAACAGCUGGGCAGUGCGGCACAGAUGGUGACGUCCAAUGGGGUCGGCGGCCUGGCCGGUGUACCGACGGCGACGGCCGUGGUGGCAGUGGCCGCAACCACCGUCCCAACGCCCGUCACUGGAUCAGAUGUCACUGGUAGUAGCAUUAGACGGAACGACUGCUGCCAGACUGCGGUCGCACCGGGUGGCACCGGGUCGGAUGGUAUUGCGCACUCCGCACAGGCUCACCAUCACCAUCACCAGAACACGCCGGUCUCGUUCGGCGAGGAUGAUAGCUCCUGCGAUUCGCACACACGAUGGGCCGAAGGUGAUAUCAACGACGUGCUGAUAAAGACCCUUGCAGAAGCGCACGCAAACACCAACCACAAGCUAGAGAUAGUGCACGAAAUGUUCAGAAAACCACAGGAUGUUUCCCGCUUACUCUACUACAAGAACAUGACCCAGGAGGAGCUAUGGUUGGACUGUGCGGAGAAGCUAACGGCCAUGAUCCAGCAGAUCAUUGAGUUCGCCAAGCUGAUACCGGGCUUCAUGCGGUUAAGUCAAGACGAUCAGAUUUUACUCCUCAAAACGGGCUCGUUCGAGCUGGCAAUCGUGCGCAUGUCUCGACUGAUGGAUCUCUCAACCAACUCCGUGCUGUACGGUGACAUUAUGCUGCCGCAGGAAGCCUUCUACACGUCCGACUCGUUCGAGAUGAAGCUGGUCGCGUGCAUAUUCGAGACGGCGAAAAGUAUUACGGAGCUGAAACUGACCGAAACGGAGCUGGCGCUCUAUCAAAGUCUGGUGCUACUGUGGCCUGAACGAAAUGGUGUACGAGGAAACACGGAAAUCCAGCGGCUGUUUAAUAUGAGCAUGUCCGCGAUCCGGCAGGAGAUUGAAGCGAACCAUGCACCGCUCAAAGGCGACGUGACGGUGCUCGAUACGUUGCUCAACAAAAUCCCCACCUUCCGUGAGCUCUCGAUCAUGCACAUGGAGGCGUUACAGAAGUUCAAACAGGAUCACCCGCAGUACGUUUUCCCGGCACUCUACAAGGAACUGUUCUCGAUCGACUCGCAGCAGGACCUGAUGACAUAACAGGAUGAUCAUGGCUACCAUCAGCCGGCACAGCAGCAGCAGCAGCAGCAGCAGCAGCAGCAGCAGCAGCAGCAACACCAUCACCCCCAUCAGCAGCAACAGCUACACCAUCAGCAGUCGUCGCAGACACAUUAUCAGCAGCAGUCGGCAAUCGGCACAAUAUCGCACGAUGCUACCCAGCCACCGCUGUCGCUGCCACCGCCGCCGUACCAACAUUCCUCGUCGGCAUCAUCAGCCUCCUCGCUAUCGUCGUGCGAUCGCCGGGAGGACACACUCGUUGCGAGCGAGCUGGACGAAGCAAUAGGACCCGCGUCGGUAACGGAUAGCAAUACGAGCAAUGGCAACAAUACGUUCAUCAUCAUCAUCCAGAACGAUGGCGGCGUUGGCGAGGGACCCGUCUAGCGGCGUAAACUCUCAACUGAACUGCUCAAAACAAUGGGUGGGACGCGGUUAGCUAGUAAGACGCGCUGGGGCUGGGGCGUGCCGAGGACGAACACGAGACGACAAAACACAGACAACACAAAACUGGCGGAACAAAGCCCAUGAAAAUUAGGACAGCAAAUAGUAAGAGCAUAAAAAUAAGGAAGGGAAAUCCACUCACAGCAAAAGCAAGAGGACGGAACGCGCGAGUGUCCAGUUUGGUGAGCCAAACACACACACACACAUACACGAGGAAUGCCUAGUUAUGCACCCUUAGCAAUUGUUGAUGUAAAUGAAUUUACAAGAUUUGUUAUAUUAUUUUAAUAACGCGUAAGUCGAUAAACACUGACGAUUAAGCAUAGGAAAGGAAUGGGGGUUAGGAGUGCGAGGUGGCAUGGCUAGGAUGUGCCGCGUGUGGGCAGACAGCACGCCCCGGAGUGGACGUGGAGGGGGUGGGAAAGGAAAUGUAUUUUAAAUUAUUUUCCUUUCUGCUUUUUCCUUCUGCUUAUUUUUUUUUACAUGGUAUAUUUGUGCCUCGAUCAUGGAUCAUAAUACUGAUCGUUUGUUUUCUAUUGUCUAUUUUUAAACAAGAUUUAUUUCUUUUAUUUUUUAACAAACACACUCACACACACACACAAACGACGCAAGUACACCCCUAUAUACAAACGAGGACUCACCCAAGCGACUGUAGACUGUGUCGUUGUCGUUCCACAAGGUGUAAGAUGUGAAGUUUAAGCACAUAGAAGGACCGUACCGAUGGAAGAAAGUUGAGGCAAGUACACAGACACACAAACACACACAUAGAUACACACACAAACAAUUUAUAAAAAAGUGCAAUGAUCAGUCGAUCAGAAGGAGCAGGCGCUGCAGUGCGCUUUAGUAUGAUUUUGCACAACGGUCACGAGGUGCAGUUUUGGAAUAGGCUUAAGGUGCGUUUUGUGGCACGGUUUUUUUGUUAGUUUUGUGUCUUUUGGCCGUUUUUUUUCGGGCGGAAGGUUGUAAGCAGUUCUAUUCUCUUAUUUCUUCGUAAUCGCGGCUAACGUACAAAUAUGAUUUGGUUUACUUUUUUGUUUAAUUUGUUUUUUGUUUUUCUUUACGGAUGGUGAAAGACGAAGCGAUUAGUAGGGCGUUAGGAAAAUUUUGGAACCCGCGCGGAAGAGUGCGUUAUUGCGCCCGCCACCGGCUCCUGUGCAACUGAAUAGUCUGAUUUCUUUAGUUAAUAUAGUCUGUCCGAAUGGAGGAUGAGAGAAACCUUUUUUUUUGGUAUCGAACAGAAGAAAACGCAGCGUGUGGCGUGUUUGUUAUACGCGAAGCUGUUUUUGGCCACCAAACACAAACAGAACAGAAUCUCUUCUCUUUGUUUCUCUCUUUCGUUUAGGGUUGCUUACCGUGUAUGUGUUUUACCUAUUGUUUUUUACUUUUCCGUUCUAUUUCUAACUGUCCUUUCCUUAGAGUAAGUGACUAAGUAUACCUUUCCUUCAUCCGGUGUUUGCUGGCCGAAGUAACAUUUUGAAACACUGAGUGUGAGUAUGUGUGUGUGUGUACGUGUGACGAAAUCAAGCAAACGAUGAAUAGAUUCCACGUUUUAGGGAAAAAAACAACCACCAAAUUCUUAGCCCAGUAAAAUCCUUGUUGGUUCAAGAUGGACGUUCCCUUUUCGGUUCAGUAUUAGAUCGCUAACGAAAAAGGAAUCUUAUCAAAAGAAGAAACCCACUCAAACUCAAACUUCAAUCUGGUCAAAUAAUCGACCCUUUUUGGCAUCCGAAAAGAUUCGAUUGGAGACCCUUUGAAGGAUUUUUAAGCCUAUUAACUGUUGAGGAAUUGUUUGCAUAGUUUCUUUUUUGUCGUAAGCAUCUUUUCUACUGUUGUUUGGUUCGUUAUUUGCUAUUCUGUGUCAUAAUGUGUCACCAGUGUCGAUGUUUGUGUUGUUGUUGUUAUUGUUGUUGCGUGUAUCAGCAAGUAAGGAUAAUUUGCAAUAAGAACGCUUCUUGUCUUCAACCAUAGCGAGAAAAAGUAGUAGGAAAUAAAUAAAGCAGCAACAAAAUCCGACACCGACGACUGAAAGAAUGCUAGGAGAGAAAAUUCAAAAAAUCGUACUGAAGUUAUAUUGAUAAGGUAUUGUAGAACAAUUUUUCUCUUAGCUUACUCACAUAAACAAAACAAAACACACCCGUACACAUCUUCUAGCACACUUUAUGAUGCAUAUUUGAGAGCACAGCGCUGUUAGUGGGGUUUCAGUCGAGGCAAAAGGGCUGCUAUUAAAUCGUACACAUACAUCAAGCAGGCACUGAGCAGAGAAAGUAGGGGAAAAACACUAUCAGAAAAUACAGUUGUAGAAUGUACUAAACCACCAAUACAUUGCCGUUGGCUUUAUUUGUUUCGAAAUCGGCUUCAUGUUUCUGUUUGCUACUCUACUACAAAUUGUUUAACUGUUGUUUAAUUAUAAUCAGACG